AUGGAAAGUUCAUGUAAUAGAACAUCUAGUACCUCAAGCACCAGUAGCACCAGCAGCACUAGUGGCAACAGUAGUGAUUCUAGCGAUAGUGAUGGGUCAAGUAGCACUGGUUCAUCGAGCAGUGAAGAGGUGGAAGGCGAUGAUGGUGACAACAGCAGUAGUAGCAGUGAGGCCGGUGGCAGCGAUAGCGAAACAAGCACUGAAGAACAGUUCAUGGCCCGCACCCAUAGCCGCCCAGGGUCUGGAACUUCUCGCCAAUCAAAUCGUGACAGGCUUGAGGCUGUUUCUGAUCUCCCUGUCAAUAACUCUGGUGGAUCGUUCACCACUCCACAUUCUGACCCACCAAGAACUACCAGCGUCGCUGCAUUUUCUGGUCGUCACAAACAGGACUCUUCUCCUCACAUUCCUGUCCACGAUUCUGCUUAUACCAGCCUUGUCCCUCAAACUCUUGAAACGACCAUUGGAGACUGCAAACUGGAUCACGAAGAAAGACAAAUCGCUUCUGUCGUUAGCAUCCCACGCAGCAACAGAAGCGGUGGUGGGGCUAUUGCUGGUUCCAACAGCAGUAGUAGUGAAAGCAGCGGCAGCAGCAGUAGUACUGGCAACAGUAGUAGCAGUAGCGAUGAUACUUCAACCGAUAGUGCUUCUAGCAGUGAGGAAUAUGAGAGUCACAAUGAACAAGACAUUCUCAAAGGGAAGGAUUCUUCUCGUAAUUUUUCGCAUCAUGCUUUUCGAACGACA